UUUGCCCCAACUUCCCCUACGAUUCUUAUAGAAUUUAAGCAGUACCUGUUGAAAAAUUAAUGCGUUACCAAUGGUAGAAUAGUAGUUUUUAAGUUUUACUCGCAAUAUGAAUCAUGGAAGCCGCGGACAUACGUGAAAGUAGCCUCAAUAAAAGAAUUCCUAGAAGAAUUCAAAUUUAGAUACAAUAAAUACAAUAAUUUGGAACGUUGAGAUAAAAGUAUUUUUUAAAAAAUAUGUUCAAUAAAUGAAGAAAAAGUGCAAUGUGUAUAUUGUUAUGUAUUUGCGUUGAUUUCAGACAAUGAAAUGAAAAAAAAAAACAAUGACCUACACAAGGUGCACAAUGAUGAGAAAAAGUCAUGACUUAAACUACACUGUCGCGUUGAAUGGCAAAUAAUUAUGAAAGAAAAAAUUACAUGCAAACGAUAACCCACCCGCAAAAGUACACAACUUAUAACAAACCUUGGAGCUCUUAAACUUAUGUCAAAUGUAUUAUUCUUAGUUUAGCAGCGAACAUUACACGCACGUAAUUUUUAUUACAAAGUGCUAGUGAAUUGUGUCGAAUAACUCAGAACAAAUCAGAAGCAAUACUUGUUAUUUUAUAGGGAAGAAAAAUUAAGCAAAAAUAAUGGGAAAUACAUAUAUUAUUGCAAUAUAUAUAUUAUUUUUAAAGACUAAUUCUGUGUUCAAAACAAGUGCUUUGCCACAAUUAGAUAUACCUUCAAAUGGUUUGAAUUAUAACAAGAGCUUAAGAGCGAUCAACGAUCCAAGAGUUUUUUUAACAAAUGGUCAUUCAGGAAAAGCUGCUGGUGAUACAAUAAUUGAUAGUGAUCCAUCGAACGAAAUCGGAAGUGAUGACACUUUGCGCUAUGACAGAGACCGUUCGCAUCGCUUUGGUCCACCAUACACAGAAGACAAUGAUCAGCGCUAUUAUAGCUAUAGUAACGAUAAUUCACGUUAUAACAAUAGAAAUUUGAAUGGAAAAAAUGAGGAUGUCGAUGAUGAUGAUAAAUACUACUCUCAACCAAGAUCACCAUAUUACAUAAGUGAAAAACAACGAAAUCGUUAUGGAUAUCGUGACUAUUCCACAUUCAAUGGAAAUUAUAAUUAUAAGAAUGACGGUUAUAAUUCAAACGACGGCCGAAAUCCAUAUGUCAAUCGGAAUCAAUACGAAAAUAGGAAUCCAUAUGAUGAUAGAAAUUCGUACGAUGAUCGUUAUAUUAACAAUCCAACAUAUGAUGAUUACAGCGAUCGCAAUAGAUAUUCAAAUGGAGACUAUGAUCAAAAUCGUUUGGAUCUGGAGCGCAGGAAUCGUAUUGAAGACGCGAAUUUGAAGCGUAUACUUGAUGAUGUUGAUAAAUUAUCUUCAAAUGAGUGCUCUCUUAAUGUUGCUGCACAGUGGAAUUUCGAAACUGACGUGAAUGAAGCAACACAACAAGAAUCAAUUUUGGCACAGCAGAGAUAUUCUUAUUAUCAAAGAGAACUUUGGGAAAAAAUACAAACCAUUGAUAAGAGUCGAAUAUACGACGACAAAUUGUAUCGUCAAGUUCGAUUUAUGUCGAUUAUUGGUCCAAACGCUCUCCCACCGGAUCAAUUUGAUCGUGUAAGUUAA